CAUUUAUUAUUUAAUUCCUCCUCGAGCCCAUUCGUUGCAAUUGUGCAUAAUUAUGCAUCGCACCAUCGGUUUCGCAACGAUGAAAUUCCGCGAUCGCAAAUCGAAACACGCUCGAGACUUCUCUGCCCCAAAAACAAGGAAACGAAAGGUCAGCACGUUUCCGCUGCACUUCGCUGCACUCAGCCGUCGGUCCCGAAGUGCAGCCGCAGUUGCGAGACGAACGCCCAAACGGAAGUUCUUAAAGAUAAAAAAGGGAAGGAAGAACUGGACUUAGUGGAAACGAAAGAUUCCGGAAAAUGCUCAUCGCGAUUUCUCUCCUGUUGGUUGCCCUGGGGCAAGCGGACGUGAACGUGGUUAACGGGAUGGACUUGAAGUGCACCGGUCGGCCUCGUUACAACGUCUCGUUGACGGCUUAUUACCCUAUUUACGAUAGCCCGAAUUCGUCGGAUUAUCUGGACAUCCGAGGGAAAAAGUUGCGCUCCCUCCAGGUUCGUUGUUCCGCGACGUUCCAUAGAAUUUUUAAUUUUUCGCAAUUUUUUGGAACACUUUUAUGCAUCCAGGAUUACAUCGACGGUCGAGGCGAGUACGUGACAGGUGCAAUGGACUCGUCGUUGAACCUCGUCUAUGGCACUCCCAUUUGCAUUCCCGAGCUAAACGAACACUUCGGAAGGCAGAUCCCAAUACAGGUCAGGGACCGGGGCAGUAACUUGGACGGGAAGGAGUUCUCCAGACUAGACAUCUGCGUCAGGAGCGAGGUCGACAGCUACGACAAUUGCGUCAACAGACUCGUGACGGUGUACAUGUAGACGUUCCUUAGAUUCAUGCACAUUAUUAAUGACAACUUAACGGGCGUUUUAUAACGAACAGAGACAUAUUAAAAAUCGGAAACCCCGAUAAUCAUCGA